AGACAAGUUAACAACACUUUUGAUCUUUCCCAGUCACUAAAUAUAAGUAUUAUCAGUUUGACACCACGAAAAUGGACUAUUCAGAAAAUGUUCAAAACGAAAAUUUCACCCUUGUUUCACAACCUCCUUACUUGACAAGAGAUCAAGAGCAUAGUAUCAUGGUCUCUACUUUGCGACAAGUGAUAUCCAACACUGGAGGUGAUACGUCAUCAUCUCACUGGAUUGCAAGUGAAGCUCUUCCACCUCCGGACGCUGGCCCUUGUCCUCUUUGCAGCGUCACCGGUUGCUACGGGUGCGCAUUCCCACGGCAUGAAGAGAUAAAGAAGGAGAAAAAACACAAAGGAGUGAGGAAGAAGCCAUCAGGGAAAUGGUCGGCGGAAAUAUGGGAUCCGAGUAUGAGAGCAAGGAGGUGGCUUGGAACGUUUCCGACGGCGGAGAUGGCAGCGCAUGCUUACGAUGAGGCAGCGGCUGAGCUUGUUGGAAAAAGAUCAGCGAGACGUGGCACAAAUUGAAGAAUUUGGCGGUGGAGAUGACUGAAAAAAGAGUUUGGUCGGUGAUCAUAACUAUAAACGGCGAGGAAUAAUAAGCUAUAUAACGAUAGUUAUAGUAGUUAUAGAUGCUUUGGGGGAGAAAUUAAUACAUUAUUUUAUU